AUGUUCACCCAGUCAAACCUCUUGGCCAAAUCUGGUUUGUUCGCCACCUUAGCUACCCUUGCUACUGCUGGUCCGUGUGAUAUCUACGCGUCUGGCAAUACACCAUGCGUGGCUGCUCACAGUCCUGUCCGAGCCCUGUACGACAACUACAGCGGCAGACUCUACCAGGUUAAGCGUGGUUCCGACAACACAACGACUGACGUCGGCACACUCAAGGCCGGUGGGGUUGCAAAUGCGGCAACCCAAGACAAUUUCUGCAGCAGCACAACAUGUCUGAUUUCCAUCAUCUAUGAUCAGUCAGGCCGCAACAACCACCUCACUGCCGCUCCCCCCGGCAGUGCAGCAAGUGGACCGGAUGGUCCAGGUCAGCCUGAUGACCUUACUCUCGCAACCGGCGCUCCUAUUAUGGUCGGUGGUAACAAGGCAUACGGAGUCUUCAUCCAGCCAGGAUCCGGAUACCGUAUCGACAACACCAGCGGCGUAGCCCACGGUGAUGAUCCUGAGGGUAAGCGGAACACACACAUCUUUACCGAAGACAUCGACUGACUUUCCAUUCCAGGCAUGUACGCAAUUGUUGAUGGAACUCAUUACAAUAGCCACUGCUGCUUCGACUACGGUAACGCUGAGUCGGACAACACUGACACCGGAGCGUCGGACGACGGAGCUAUGGAGGCUAUUUACUUCGGUGGUGGUGACGGCAGCGCAAGCUCCGGCUCUGGAAGCGGACCCUGGAUCAUGGCUGACCUCGAGAACGGUCUCUUCUCUGGUGUCAAUGCUGGCAACAACCAAAAUGACCCAACCAUCACCAACCGUUUCACUACUGCCAUUGUGAAGGGCCGACCGCACAACUGGGCAAUCCGCGGUGGCGAUGCGACCACGGGUGCACUCUCCACCUUCUACAAUGGUUCUCGUCCCAAUCCAGACGGAAACAAUGACUACGACCCAAUGAAGAAGCAAGGCUCUAUUAUCCUCGGCAUCGGUGGCGACAACAGCAACGCAGCUCAGGGCACAUUCUACGAGGGUGUCGUCACCUCCGGCUUCCCGUCUGAUGCUACCGAGAACCUAGUCCAACAGAACAUCGUGGCCGCCAAGUACUCUACCACUGCCCUCACCACCGGUCCGGCCGUCAACGUUGGCUCUUCCAUCUCUUUCCGCGUCACAACUCCUGGCUACACCAACCGCUACAUCGCCCACACCAGCGACGUCGUCAACACUCAAGUUGUCUCCUCGUCAAGCAGCAGCCAGCUCAAGGGCGCUGCCAGCUGGAUCGUCCGCACUGGUCUCGGUAACAGCCAGUGUGUCUCCUUCGAAUCGAAGGACACUUCCGGAAGCUACAUGCGCCACAGGAACAGCCAACUGCACGUCGACAAGGACGACGGAACCAAGCUGAUGCAUGAAGAUGCCACUUUCUGUCCCGAGGCCGGCCUCAACGGUCAGGGCAACAGCAUUCGCUCCUGGAGCUAUGCCACUCGCUGGAUGCGACACUAUAACGCCGUGGGCUACGUUGCGUCCAACGGUGGACCCAAUCCUUUCGACACACCGGUCAGUUACAACAACGAUGUGUCGUUUGUUAUUGGCAACAGCUUCGCUUGA